AUGAGGGAAAGAGAGAGGGCGGAAAGAGCUGAGAGAGAACGGGAAAGGGAGAGGGAGAGAGGUUUGGUUAGGGUUAGGGAUUCGAGGGAUUUGAGGCCCGUCGUCAACCCCCAUCCUCCUGGAAGGCGGCCUGACCCAAGUGGGAAUGGGACGUAUUUGAGUCCCCUAAAGUGCCUCACUUCCCACCUCUCGCAGACGUACAACAUCUGCAACCCUUCUUUCAACUAUGAGAGCGCGCACAACCCGCGUCGCGUGCUUACAAAGCCGAGCAAGCCCGUGCAUAACGAGGGCUAUGACAACGAAGACAACGACUAUAUCUUAUACGUGAACGACUUUUUAGGUGGGGAGGAGAGCAGCAAUGGCAGGUACCUUAUCCUUGACGUGCUUGGGCAGGGCACGUUCGGCCAGGUCGUCAAGUGCCAGAAUAUUAAGACGCACGAGAUUGUUGCCGUCAAGGUGGUUAAGAACAAGCCUGCGUACUUCAACCAGAGUAUGAUGGAAGUGACGAUCCUUGAGCUGCUGAACAAACAGUGGGACCCGAACGACGAGCAUCAUAUCCUUCGCCUACGGGACACAUUCAUCCACAAGAAACACUUGUGUCUUGUGUUCGAGCUGCUGAGCUCGAACCUGUACGAACUGAUCAAGCAGAAUCAGUUUGGGGGACUGUCCACCCAGCUUGUGAAGGUUUUCACCGCACAGUUGCUGGAUGCGCUCAGUGUGCUCAAAGACGCACGUCUGAUACACUGUGAUCUCAAGCCUGAGAACAUCCUGCUCAAGUCAUUACAGUCUCCUCAGAUAAAGGUGAUCGACUUCGGUUCCGCAUGCCAUGAGCGACAGACGGUGUACACCUAUAUCCAAUCCCGAUUCUAUCGCUCACCCGAGGUGCUCCUGGGCAUGUCAUACACUGCCUCUAUCGACAUGUGGUCUCUGGGCUGCAUCGUUGUGGAAUUGUUCUUGGGACUUCCGCUCUUCCCGGGCACGAGCGAGUUUAACCAAAUGACGAGGAUUGUCGAGAUGUUGGGGAUGCCACCGGCCUAUAUGCUCGAAAUUGGCAAAUCUUCCAAUGACUUCUUCAAAUCGAGCCUCGAUGAAUAUGGCAGGAAGAAAUGGCGUAUCAAGGCGCUGGACGAAUAUUGCCGGGAUAAAAAGACGACGGAGCAACCCGGGAAGAAGUAUUUCUCUGCCACGACGUUGCCAGAGAUUAUCAAGACAGCUCCGAAUACGAACAAGACGAACAAGGCUGUGGACAUGGAGAAGGAGGCAAACCUGCGUUUAGCGUUGAUUGACUUCGUGCAAGGGUUGCUCAAUCUCGAUCCGGUCCAAAGAUGGUCACCACAACAGGCGCUGGGCCAUCCAUUCAUCACUGGGGAGAAAUUUACAAAACCUUAUCCUGUUGACGUGUCCAGUCGUAAGUCUUCUGCUCAGAUUAGCCCCCAACCAACAAGCGCGUCGAACGCAAAGCGGCCAUACGGCGGUCUUAUUCCGAGCCAGCCGUCGGGCACUCGUGCAUAUCAGGAUGCUGCUGCCUACAAUCAGCAUCUAAACCAGCAUCAACAGUACACUGCUCAAGCCGCAACGGCAGCACAACAGCAGAGUGCUUAUCGUAACCCAUACGCGCAACCAAUGGACGAUGCCAACGCCGAUUACGUGGCUCAGCAGCAAAGACACGCACACGCAGCGGCACAGGCUCAUGCUGUCCAGCAAGCUCAAGUCCAGGCUCAGGCUCAAGCACAGGCAGCUUAUGUUGCUUCUCAACCUCAUCAAGGUGCCGUGAACUCGAACUACCUGCCUGUCUCGUCCACGACAGGUUCGAUCCCCACGAAUCCUCCGACGGUCUACUACGGCAAUCGUGCUCGGGCAAACACCAUCAACCAGAUGGAUAUUGUUCCACCACAACUCGCCAAAUUUGCGCACCUCGCUCCUGGAGUGAUGGAGUCUGGGUUGGGCCGGAACUCCUUGACUCCCGUUCUCAAUCGAGAUGACGCAAUGCGGGAAUGGGAACGGCGGCAUGGCGUUGGUGCACAAGCUGGCGCAAAUACAAAGCGGACUUCGCAACAGAAUCAGUUUGCGCACACUCUGGAUUAUCUUGCGGAGCAAGCAGAGCUUCAGAGUCAGAAUAUGACACGAUGGGGUCAGGGAACGAGCUAUCACCCGCGACAAGCUAGCAACUAUCAGACACCCACUUCGCCACAAACGGCUUAUCAGGGCGGCACGUAUCAUACGCCAUCGAAGAUGCAGCAAUCAACUUCUAAUUCGGAGGCAUGGGACUACGAAGCUGCAAAUUGGCGCGGGCACCAAGCACCACACGUGCAAAUCACGAGUCCGCCGCAGGCCUAUGCGACGAGCACCACAAACACGGGACGAUACAAUGCUGUCCCACCACCAACGUCCUAUCCAAAUCCGCCCCAGGUCUCAUACGAUCAAUUCGAUGUCCGUGACGGCAUGGGUACAUUGUACGCCCCUAUGCAACCGCAGCAGUACCAGCAGCCUGCUUCCUCUGGUCAGGCGGAUCAUCGCGCACCGCAGAACCUCUCGUUCUAUGGCUCUGGCAUUGUCGCGAGUGGUGCGAUGCCCAACACACCCACUCGCAGUCAGUACGCGGACGCGACGAACCCGACGGUGCCCCAAUCGACGCACACGCACCAGUCAUCCAAGGACAGCACGCGUCGUAUGAGCGGAAUCGACGCGACCCAACAAUGGCGCGGAUGA